AUUUUAUGUUGGGUUGAGUUUUUACUUAAAAAUAUCGCCAACCCGACCCAACCCAAUUAGAAACAAACCGUAGGGUUUAAAUUUUUUUGGGUGGGUUUGAGUUUGAUAUUUCCCAAACCGUAGUGCAUGGGUCGGGUGAUUAAAAUGACUAAACCCGGACCACCCGACCCAUGUACACCCCUACAACUAGGUCAUUACUGGUUCAGACUUCUAGUGCAAAAGCCUUGGGCUAUACCUAGUUUAAACAUUGGGCUUCAUGACAUCAUCUGUGGGCUAUAACCCUUUUAGGAGUUCGCGAUCAAUAAGUAACGGAUUCAGUAGGCCCAAUGUCAUGCAAGAAGUAAACCUGGCCCUAGAUUCCUUAUAUUUAACCGAAGUUCAUCGCCAAAACCCUAGAGGGUCUUCUUCUUUCCAGUCUCCGGCGUUCAGAGCUUGCGCUGUCCGCUGUUUCGGCCCUCUUCUCUGCUCCAGAUCCAUCAAGAUGUACACGUCUAGGCAGAAGAUCCAUAAGGAUAAGGAUGUCGAACCUACCGAGUUUGAGGAGUCUGUUGCACAGGUAUUUUUUGACUUGGAGAAUUCCAGCUCUGAGCUGAAGAGUGAUCUGAAGGAUCUCUACAUCAACUCCGCAGUUCAAUUGGAUGUCUCAAACAACCGCAAGGCAGUGGUUAUCCACGUUCCUUACAGGUUGAGGAAAGGUUACAGAAAGAUUCAUGUCAAGCUUGUUAGGGAGCUUGAGAAGAAGUUCAGUGGGAAGGAUGUGGUUGUCAUUGCUACUCGAAGGAUUGUGAGGCCACCAAAGAAGGGUUCAGCUGCACAGAGGCCACGCAGCAGAACACUGACCUCUGUCCAUGAGGCAAUGCUGGAAGAUGUUGUGGCGCCUGCUGAGAUUGUUGGGAAGAGAACUAGGUAUCGUCUUGAUGGAUCCAAGAUAAUGAAGGUGUUCUUGGACACAAAGGAACAGAUCAACACCGAGUACAAGCUGGAGACCUUUUCUUCCGUUUACAGGAAGCUUACCGGCAAGGAUGUUGUGUUCGAGUUCAGGGCAGCUGAGGCAUAGAGAGAGGGAGGCCUAGCCUUGAGAUGGUGUAGUAAUCCAAUGUUUGCCUUUGCUUAGAAUUUGCAUUUCGAAUUGUUUCAAAGUUUUCAGUUUUGACAUCUGCUAGUUGGAUUGGAAAUCUUACGAAAGUGCAAUACUUCUGGUUCUGCUUCUGUGCCCUUGUUAUCAUCUGUCGAUUUCUGUGUCCUGACAUGAGAAACUCCUUGGUAGAGUGUUUAUCAAGUUUGUCGCGAAGAUUCUAUCAAACCAAUGUAUUAGAUUCGGAUCGGUAUAUAGGCUUUAUCUGAAUUUUGAAGGAGCAAUACCUUAUAGGAGUGAAUAACAUACUCGAUAACACUAGAAUAAAGAGCCAAUGAUCAU